AGAGGGCGUAGCAUUGAGUGAAGGAGAGUCGGCCACGCGCUGUUUUUUUUGCACAUAAAAUCCGAUUGUGCUUGAUAAUUUUGUUCCGUAGUUAUUUCUAAAAUUUGCCUUGACUUUGAUCUGUGAAGUUUCAAAAAAAUUAAUUUAUUGACAUUGUUUUGUAUCCCUGUUCCGAUUACAAUCACGAAAUGAGUUCCGCUGAAGAUGGAGAGGUGGCUGCCCCGGCGCCAGAAGAGGUGCCUGUUGGGAAUCCUGAUGAACUCACUAAAAAUCCAGAGGCACUGAAAGAGGCUCAUGAGGAGAUGGCAUCGAUGGAUGUCUUAGUGUGUGGUCAGUGCCACACAGCCUACCACUUUGUUGAGGAGUUCAAGGAACACAAAGACGGAAGCAACUGCACUGGCAAAUCACCUGUGAGAGAUAGUAACGAAAGCAAAGCCCAAGUAUGGGCGUUCCUCCUAUGGAAGUGCUCAUCAGCCCGCGAGAACAAAGAUGUGAAUACAGAGAACAGCUGGAAGCUGUACCAGCAGUGGUGCCGCAUGCCCGAGGCGCACCGCACCGCGUGGAUCACCGCUGGGACUAAUGUGCAGGCGUUGUCCAAGUUCGCUCAUGCUAAAGUGACGGAGAUUAAGACUGAUGACCAGCAAGUGCCGGUGCAGUCCCCCACCACACAGGAGGUGAAGAAAGGCAGAGGCAGACCCAGGAAGUUCCCCAGAGUGGAGGAUUCAGAAACUCAGCCGUCUGGUGAAGAGAGCGAUGGCCUCAGUAAAUUCAGUCCUAAGAAGCCUCCUGCCAUCAUGCGGGUGCCCGCCGCGGCCGCUAACAAAGCAAAGCAGGACCUCCUAGACAAGGACUCAGUCCGCAACGCACAAGAACGAGUCCCGCCUGAAGACCGCAUCGCGCGGCGCACCGAAGCCGGCGGCGACCCGGCCGAGGCGGGGCAGUUCGUGGUGGAGAAGAUCCUGGCCAAGCGGUUCAACCCGCGCCGCAAGCAGUACGAGUACCUGCUCAAGUGGGAGGGAUAUCCGCAUGACCAGAACACCUGGGAGCCGGUAGAGAACAUGGAGACCUGCAAGCACCUUCUAGAGGCGUUCGAGAAGCAGCUGGCGAGACAGAAGGAGCUGAAGGCGCUGAGAGCUCAACAGCAGCAACAAGCGCCAGUGCAAGUUACUGCUGAUUACAGGACUAAGCCAAAACUUGUGGGAACUCCGCAAUUCAAGCAAGUUAAGAAACAAGUAGACACACCAGCGCUUACGCCAACUGGUCGUCUCCAACGCUCGAGCAAAGUCAAGGCCCUGGACCAGGUGAAGGCGUGGUGCGGCGCCACGGACGACGAGCCCGCCGCCAAGCGAGUCAAGAAGGAGUCCAGUGAUGAGGACUUCUCCGAUACGUCGAGUUAUAAAGACGAGGCCAUUCGGCUGCACAAGGGCGACCGGAAGGUGAACGGCGCGUCGCCCAAGUCGCAGCUCGACCCAGAGCUGGUCAAGUCGCUCGGGCUGGCCGGCAAGGGCAUGCCCAACAUCAAGGGCGUCAUCAAGGUCGACCCGAAACACAUGCCCAAUCUUACUACCGGUGUGUACAUAAUGUCGAAGAGCUCCGGGAUCAUGAAGAUUGACUCUCCGGGGAAGCUCGGCCCCGGACUGAACAUCGACCAGGACGUCAUCCGCAAACAGAUCCUAGCUGCUAAACAGAAAAAAAUGGAGGAAGUCAAGAAGACUCCCACACCCAAAACACCGAUACAGCAGAUAAAGAAGACAAUAAACGCGGGCGGCCAACAAGUGACAGAGAAGACGAUCAUCACUCCGUCGGGACAGAAGAUCAUCCAGCGCACCAUCCAGCGCACGCCCGUGCCCGACACCAAGUCGCCUGUCAACCUGCUCAACAAGAGACUGGCUCAGGGCGAGAACAGCCUGCUCCGUCGCGGCGGUGGCUCGGGGCGCGGGCGCGGGCGCGGCGGCACCUACACCGUGGCCACGUCCGCCGGCAACAUCGUGCGGGUCAGGGAGAAGAGCAUCACACAGGAGUUCGAACCUUGGUCCGAAGCCUCCUCGGACACAUCCGACGGCAUCGAGGACCCGUUCCCGAAGGACCUGCCUCCCAUCCCGUCGCCUUCACCAGAGCGCGAGCUGACCAUCUGCCCGGAGACGGGGCGGCGCCUGGCCAGGGCGGAGGGCGAGCCCACGCCGCCGCCCACGCCCUCGCCGCCGCCCACGCCGCCGCCCGCCGAGCCCGUGCUUAUGAAGGUGGAGAUGUCCCCGGGCGGUACGACGGGCAUGCUGGUGCAGGGCGACGGCGCGCAGCCCUCGCUGCCCGUGCUCACGGAUGAAGACGCGCUAUACUACCAGCAGGGCGAGGUGAAGGUGGAAGCCGGCAGCAUGAAGCAGCUACUAGAACAAGGCGUGCACUCGGAGGCACACGAGCACCCGCCCAUCAUGAUCCGCGGGGAGGACGGCGUGCUCUACCAAGUGGCCGGAGAGAACGAGGACGGGCAGACGCUGCUAGUCGCCGCGGAGGGGGUUGAGGGGGUGGAGGGCGCGGAGGGGGGCGAGGGCGCCGUGGCCACGGACAGCGACGGCGUUAUGUAUGUCACCAGGGAGGAUGGACAGCAGGAGAUGGUAUCCCUCGACGGGGCCGCCCUGGCCGCGCUCAUGCCGGGCGCCGCGCAGCCGCUGCAGCAGGUCGCCGUGCAGGUGGAGGGCGAGCCGGGCGAGGACGCCGCGCAGGUCAUCGCGCAGAUCGUGCAGACCGACCUGCCCUCGCCGGGCGGCACUCGGCGCGUAGUGUUGCUGCUUCCCGACGGCUCGCUCACAAUGACGGAGUUAGACAAGGAACAGUACGAGUCCAUAACCGAGGCCGGGAAACAGGAGUAAACCCACUGCAGCGGCUAGAGAUAACGUAGCAGGAGUAGUCACCCCGCGGUAACAAAACAUGUUGAGUUUUGACUGCGUGAUAUUAAGCUAAGGUGUCGGGUCAAUGAGCUCUCGCCCGCACCUAAAUAUUUUGAUUUGAAUGUUGUUUCUAAACAAGUAUUUGCUUACCAAGAUACCAUCGUGGACAGAUAUUUUUAUUAAUGUCUUGAAUGUUAUUUUGGUAAGCAAGUGAUAAAUGAACUUUUAGGGCCGUAUCCAGCAGGAAUAUACCUACAAGAUAGCAGUGAGUGAGCAAAAUAUACUUCAUUACUUUCUGGGGGAUAUUUUCCUCAAUAAUCUCUGGUGGAUGUGUCCCUAUCCAAAGUAUAAUGAAGUAAGAACAAGAUGUUAAGAUUUAUAAACGGAUAUCCUUCAAAUAUUCAGAAACGAUCAUGAAUAUGCUUUGCAUUUCAUUGAAAUAUUUAUUAAAUAUACAUUCUUUUCAUUUAAAUAAGAAUUUAUUCCGAAGAAAAUUGUGUACGUAAUUAUUAGUUGCAAGCAUUGCACAUUUUAAUUUACUUCUAAGAAAUUUUACUUGUUUAGGUAGGUAGGUACAACAUGAAUAAGAUGGUUUUUCAUCUUUAUGUCGACAAAGUGUGCCUAAUUUAUUUAGACUCAUUGUUUAAAUUGUGUUUGAAACCAUUUUAUAAGAAGCGUGUGAAUAUUCGUGACAUUUUAUGUUCGUAUUAUCAUAUUUCCAUUUAAUUUUCAACUAGGGAGUUAAGCUGGACUGAGGAAGUAGAUAUUUUAAAUAACUUAUCUUGCACAUCGCAACGUAUCAUAAAACUUGAUAAAAUUUAAAAACGAUGGUCUUAUCAAUGUAAAUACUUACUAUUAAAUUUAUGAUUUCAUUUUCAGCAUACAUUCAUUGUAAAUAAACACAGGUUGAUAUCUUAGGGUUAUUUCCACGUGCACUGAAUAUAGAUAUUUUCAACUUAAAACUGGAUAGGAAUACUAUUACUUAUCUCAAGGCGGCUAUGUAUGUAUGUUCGCUAUCCGUAAGAAAUUGGCUUUUGACUCGGACUCCUCCAUUUCCACCAAUUUUUGUUUGUGGAUAUUUUUACAUAAUAUUAGGCUAGUGUAAAAUAUUAUAAUUCCUAAUUUUAUUUGAGGUAGGGACUUUAAGAAAUAAACUAUUUGAAAGAAA